GCUAACCAUUGUAGCCAUAUCAUCGCCCAGAUACCAAAGCCACCAGACCAGCAAUGCCAGCCGAUCCAUUGGCCAUAAAACCUUCUCUCGUCUUCUUCUGCAACGCUCUGUGUCUCCCUUACUCCCUCUCUUUCAUGCACAAACCAUGAAAUUCUCUUGAAAUCGAAUCGCCGAGAACCAGUUUCAGAAAACGGUUUCGUUUUAUCCAAAACCAAAUUUAGUUUGCGAAAAAUGGUUUCUUUGGAAGAUUCGCAUUCCAGUUCAAAUCGCUUCCCUUUAACCCGAAACAAUAAUUUUUAUAACCCAUCCUCUGCUUCCGCUACCAAAAUCAGCCGGCAUGUCGGCCGUUCCAUGCGCACGAUACGCUCCAAUCUCUACCAGAAUGACGGCAGCUGCUGUUCUUUUACUACUGCCACCGACAACUCGGCUUAUGUAUCGGAAAAUUUAACUGAAUCUGUCAUCGACAUGCGUCUUGGGGAGCUUGCGUCUCGGAAUAGCAAUAGUAAUGACAAGUCUGGCAAAGCUUCUUCCAAUAACGACGAGGAAUUCCUUGAUAUCUCUCAAGCUUUCAGCGAUUUCUCGGCUUGUAGCAGUGAUAUCUCGGGGGAAUUGCAGCGUCUUGCGAGUUUACCAUCCCCUGAAAACGCACCUAAAAACGAUGGCUGUGAAUCUGCGGAGCCUGAGCCUGAGCCUUGUUUAGGGUUUCUACAGAGGGAGAACUUCUCGACGGAAAUAAUCGAGAGUAUUUCGCCGGAAGAUCUCCAACCGACAGUCAAGAUCUGCGUGGAUGGGCUACAAUCGCCGUCGGUUGCUGUGAAGAGAUCGGCGGCAGCGAAACUUCGACUUUUGGCGAAGAACCGGUCUGAUAACCGGGCAUUAAUAGGCGAAUCGGGUGCUAUUCCGGCCCUAAUUCCGCUUCUCCGAUGCAGCGAUCCGUGGACGCAGGAACAUGCAGUAACAGCUCUGUUGAAUCUCUCCCUCCUUGAAGAAAACAAGUGUUUGAUUACGAACAAUGGAGCUAUAAAAUCUUUGGUUUAUGUACUCAAAACAGGAACCGAAACUUCGAAGCAAAACGCAGCUUGUGCUUUGCUUAGUCUCGCAUUGGUUGAAGAGAACAAGAGCUCGAUUGGUGCAUGUGGGGCCAUACCGCCAUUGGUUUCUCUGUUAAUUAAUGGAUCCACUAGAGGAAAGAAGGAUGCUUUAACUACCCUGUACAAACUUUGCUCCAUUAAACACAAUAAGGAGAGAGCUGUGAGUGCUGGGGCUGUAAAGCCGCUGGUGGGGAUGGUGGCGGAGCAGGGUGUGGGGAUGGCUGAGAAGGCGAUGGUGGUGCUGAGUAGCUUGGCAGCAAUUGAGGAAGGGAGAGAGGCUAUUGUGGAGGAAGCAGGGAUUGCAGCGCUUGUGGAAGCCAUAGAAGAUGGGUCUGUUAAAGGAAAGGAAUUUGCGGUGCUUACACUGUUGCAAUUGUGUGCUGAUAGUGUGAGGAAUCGUGGGUUGCUUGUGAGGGAAGGUGGGAUUCCUCCUCUUGUUGCUCUUUCACAGACUGGGAGUGUUCGUGCUAAGCAUAAGGCUGAGACCCUUCUUGGGUACUUGAGAGAACCAAGACAGGAGGCUUCCUCUUCGAGUCCUUAAAAAAGUGCCUUUACUAAUUUUUUUCUAAGAGAGGUAAAAUUCGUAAUUAGACUCUGUUUGGUUGUUGUUGAUUUUGUAUAUAGGUAUUUGUUCUUGAUGAUUUGUACAGUGUGGUUCAUUAAGUUUGGGGAGAGUAUGGAGUCUACUGCAAUUAGGGUAAGCUAGUGAGCAAGAGAGACUGACUUGUUAGAUGCAUGAUGAAUUUAACUAGUUUUUGGGGUUUGUUAUCAUCAUGGUUUUCUAGAGAAAGAAUACUUGUUCACCUUUA